AUGUCGCUCUACAACUUUUUACCAGCAUUCAGAGCAUACCUCCCUGGAGAACACAAAAGAAUUUUAAAAAUUAAUGAGGAACUUAAAGAUUUCAUUUUGGAAAGAGUGAAGGAGCAUCAGAAGGUACUGGACCCCAACAACCCUCAGGACUACAUUGACUACUACCUCUCCAAAAUGCAGCAGGAGAAAGAUAAUCCCCAGUCUGAAUUUGACUUGGAAAAUCUAAAAAUGACAGGAGUAGAUUUAUUUAGUGCAGGAACAGAGACAACCAACAGCACCAUAAGAUAUGGCCUGCUGCUCAUUCUGAAACAUCCUGAGGUCCAAGCAAAAAUUCAUGAGGAAAUUGAACAUGUGAUUGGACAUAAUCGACUUCAUUCCAUAAAGGACAGACAAGAUAUGCCCUAUAUGGAUGCUGUGGUUCAUGAAGUGCAAAGAUUCAUAGACCUCAUACCUUUCAACAUACCCCAUGCAGUGAACUGGGACAUCCAUUUCCAAGAAUAUAUCCUCCCCAAAGACACAACAAUAUUCCCAGAGCUCACCCCAGUCUGGCAUGACAACAAAGAGUUUUCCAAGGCUGUCCAGUUUGACCCACAGCACUUCCUGGAUAAGAAUGGGAAAUUCAAGAAAAGUGACCACUUCAUGCCUUUUUCUGUUGGAAAACAGUCUUGUGUUGGAGAGGGCCUGGCAAGGAUGGAGUUGUUUUUAUUCCUUAUCACCAUUCUACAGAACUUCACUCUCAAACCAGUUGGAGAUCCAAAUGAAAUUAGCCUAAAGCCCAAUCGUGUUUUAUUCACCAAAGUUCCACCACAUUACUAUGCUUUCUUCCUCACUAAGAAGAACACAAAGUUGAUUUGGUGA